AUGAUUACACAAGAGCUGGCGAGAGAGUUUAGUGUGGAGCUCCCGCACAUCAAAGAGGAGGAGCCGGACUUUCAUUUUCAUGUGGUCAGAGUGAAAGGGGAAGACGAGGAGGAGCCAGAGGAGGAGCCAGAGGAGGAGCCAGAGGAGGAGCCAGAGGAGGAGCCAGAGGAGGAGCCAGAGGAGGAGCCAGAGGAGGAGCCAGAGGAGGAGCCAGAGGAGGAGCCAGAGGAGGAGCCAGAGGAGCAGCCAGAGGAGCAGCCAGAGGAGCAGCCAGAGGAGCAGCCAGAGGAGGAGCCAGAGGAGGAGCCAGAGGAGGAGCCAGAGGAGGAGCCAGAGGAGGAGGAGCCUUUCCUGGUGGUCUGUGUGAAGAGUGAAGCUGAAACGGACAGCUCCGAGGACCACAGCGACGCCACGGCUCCCACUGACGCAGCAGAGAGCGACCACAGACCCUUCAGCUGCUCAGUCUGCGGGAAACUGUUCCGAACGCGGCGCUGCCUAAAGAAGCACAUGCUGGUCCACUCGGACCGCAAACCCCACAGCUGCGCCUCCUGCCACAAGAGCUUUAAGACCAAGCCGCACCUGAGGAGGCACAUGCUGGUGCACACGGACCAGCGGCCGCACCAGUGCACCGUGUGCCAGAGCCGCUUCAAGACCAGCAACGACGUGGACAUGCACAUGGUGCUGCACUCGGACCAGCGGCCUUUCAGCUGCUCCGUCUGCGGAAAGGCCUUCAGCAGGAAGUCCGACCUGCGAGUCCACACGUUUGUGCACUCGGGACAGAGGCCUUACAGCUGCUCCGACUGCGGGAAGGGCUUCCGGACCAAGUCACAUCUGAACAGACACACGCUGGUGCACGUUGGGAAACCUUUCAGAUGCUCAGACUGUGGGCGGGGCUUCAAGGGACUGGCUGAGUUAAAGAGACACAUGCUGUGUCACCUGAGAAAGUCUGCUCGCUCUGUGGCUGAGGAGAGAGACCCUGCAGCUGCUCUCUCUGGGGCUGAGGAGAGAGACCCUGCAGCUGCUCUUUCUGGGGCUGAGGAGAGAGACCCUGCAGCUGCUCUCUCUGAAUGA